AUGUGUGGAGAUAUGGGCAAAGCCGUUCUGCGGGCUCUGACUGGGGCCUUGCUUUGUGGUCUCGUCUCUGACGCAGCGUACUUGCAGCAAUACGAAGACUACCCUCAAUAUCAGCAAGUCAUAUACCGGAAGCCUCUCCGGGAGCACGAGAAGCCACAGGACCUUCGCAAUGUCCCCGGAGUACCCGGCGUGGACUAUCCUAUCUACCACCAGGUCCCGGAGACUAGCUUCUCGUGUGCCCAUGUGCCAGUUCAUCCUGGGAUGUACGCUAAUGUGGAAACUGGAUGUCAGGCCUACCACGUCUGUCACGAUGGCAGAGAGGGUCACCAAGGGGCAGCGUUCCUCUGUACCAACGGCACCCUCUUCGACCAGGCCAAAUUCGCCUGCGACUGGUGGUACAACGUAGAUUGCUCGCAGGCUAUUGACCACUACAGGCUAAAUGCAGACCCUUUGAAGAACCCUUACGUGCCGAAGCCGAAACCCCAAGAACACAAAGAAAUACCUUACGGCAUUUACUACAGGAAGUUAGAUGAAUAA